AUGGCGGAUUCUGAACCUUCAAAGGAACCGGUGAGUAGUUUCUUUCGAAAACCAUCUAAGAACAAAAACAUAAGAAAGCAAAAGAAUGAGGGUGAAAAGGAAGAGAAAGAAGAAGAUUUUAAAGGUUCUUCAGUAAUCAUUCAAAAACCCAAAUCGGCUCCAAAAGCUGAUAUUAAGUUACAUUUUUCGACUGGGACAUUGACAAAACAAUUGGCUGAAACAAAUCAAGAAGCUGCUGAGUCUAGGAGAUUUUAUUUUGAUUCGUCGAAAGAAAUUCAGGUUCAACACGAUAGCAGAGCUACAGCGGCGUAUACAGUUUCUGGUGAGAAAGCCGGUGGAGCACAUGGACCACUUAGGGCUUCUACUCAUAUUAGGACGUCUACAAGGUGGGAUUAUCGACCAGAUAUAUGUAAGGAUUAUAAGCAGACUGGGUAUUGUGGGUUUGGGGAUUCUUGUAAGUUUGUGCAUGAUGGAGGAGAUUAUAAGUCUGGAUGGCAGACGGAGAGAGAAUGGGAGGAAGCUGAGAAGAUUCGAAAGAGGAAUUUAGCUUUAUAA